AACACCAAACGUUUGACUUUCAGGACUAAUCAUCUAAAAAGUCUCACCGAAGAUGAAGGGGUACAUUUUCCUGUUAAUUGUGUUGCUGUUCAACGUGGUCAAUGGUUAUUAUGAUCAUCGAAAUGGAUGGCAAUUUAGACCCCGAAGGCCUAUACAUUCAAGACCCCGAAGGCCUAUAGAUCUAAGACCCCCAAAUCCUCCAGUUAUAGGACCCCGAACGCUUUUAGAUGUAAGAUCCCUCGGACCUAUUAAUUUGUUAGACAAUUUACCUGAAAUGAGAGAUGACUUUUUCGAAAGUGGUAACCCCGAUAAGUAUAAUAGAAUCCUGGAUGAUGCCGUAAAAUAUUUACUGCCACCGCUUGAUGAUUACCUCGAUUUAUCAGAAAUUUACCACUUAUUGCCAAAUCGUAGUCCAAGCCAAAAACAACCGUUAAAAUUUCCUACUGAUCGUGUGACUAGAGGUCCAUUGAUUGGAUUAGCCCGAUACAGAUAAACAACCGAAGAUUAUGCUCCAGUUAUAUUUCCUAAUAAUGUUGUUAUUCCCUCUUAUAUUUUUCUUCCAUUAAAACUGUUAAUAAAAUGAUAGAUAUAACAAAAACAUAUAUUUUCGUGUUGUUAUGGUACUUAUCAACUAGUGUGGUACCAACCAUUCUGGCUGCAUGCACUGAUCCAAUACAUAUAUAGCUUUAAUUAUAACUGGGUUUCUAAUACAUCUCUUAACU